AUGGCUCCCGAUCGAAUCAACCUCGACGCACCUUCACGCAACGGAGUCGAGCAGAAGAGUUUCGACCAGGAGAUCAAAGAGCUGAUCUCCACUCUCACCAAUCGUCUCGGGAGCAUCCAGCGCUCCCCGAAUAAUCCCGGGGAUUAUUCAGGGAGCCAGGACGACGAAGAUCAAGGAGUGAGGAUCAUAACCUUAGCAGGGUCGAAUCUCGGCGCGACCAUGCGAGGAGGCAGGGGAGACGACAAACCGGCUAGCGAUCCUCAAGGCCAGGGAGUGGAGCCGGAGCAGGAAGACUUCGCGACGUUCGUCAACAGCAACUUCCAGGCCAUCAACAACUCGAUCAUGAUGGGCGGGAGCUACGAGACUAACGAUCCCGGCGUCCAUUUGAACAUCGUGGACGAAGCCGAGGAACUCGACGAGGAUGAGGCUGCUGCCAACAACGGGAAGAUGAAGUCAAAGAAAAUUAUGGGUAAAGCCCGCGGAGACGAUCCUCCGAGCGAGUCCACGGACAGGAACACCGCCGACGGCGAAUGAAAACGACGCCUUGCCGUCGCUGGUUUAAUCUUCUUACCUAAAACAAAGUGUCAGCUGUGUAUGAACUGAGGGAGUGUGAGUGAGUCUGAAGAAUCAGUUCCAAUAAUCUGUCCUUCGACAACAGAAUCAAUAAGUAAAAAGAAACUCAUGGUUAUAGAACUAUGGUGAUUUCAUCAUAUGGUUAAAGUUCAGACUCCAUAGAGGAGAUGGACGAUGCAUUAUUACAGUGCUAAACUUUUUACCUCUUUUGUUAAUGUAAGAUUUGGGAGACUUCUCUUCUUUGUGAA